ACUCACUCACCUACUCAUGCCCCCCAAUACCACUUUGACCCACCCCAUCGAUCAAUUGAUCACCACCACAACCCACACCCCGCACGGUCGAUCUAUCUUGUUAUAUGCGUGCAUGGAGGGGAGCAGCAGCCAGCUGCUGGAGACCUGCCUUCCUGCUAGCCUCUACGCGGUUACUCCUCCUCCAUGCGCCCAUCCUCAUCCCCUUCUUGCCCCGCUGCCGAACCAGCAGCACAUGCUUCUGCAGAUGCCGUUUGUCAAGGAGCAGGCUGCGAAUAAUCAUGGCCUGAUGCUCUCUUCGGACCACCACCACCACAGCGGCCUCCUGUACCCGCUGCUUCUUCCCGGCAUCCCUUUCUGCCCCUCCGUCGCCGCCGCCUGCGAGAAGACUACCACCACCGGCUCCGGGGCGCUCGAUGCCGGCGAGGCGGGCACCAGCUCGGCGGCGGCGAAAGCCACCGGCGAGAUCGCUAGUACCGCCGCCACCGCAUGCAACAGCCCAAGUUCCUGCAAUUGGUGGAAGGGCCCGGCGGCGGCAGCAGCGGGGGAGAAAGGAGGACGGAUGAAGGUGAGGAGGAAGAUGAGGGAACCGAGGUUCUGCUUCCAGACAAGGAGCGACGUGGAUGUGCUGGACGACGGCUACAAGUGGAGAAAGUACGGCCAGAAGGUUGUCAAGAACAGCCUCCAUCCAAGGAGCUACUACCGGUGCACCCACAGCAACUGCCGCGUGAAGAAGCGAGUGGAGAGGCUAUCGGAGGACUGCCGCAUGGUGAUGACCACCUAUGAGGGUCGCCACACGCACUCCCCCUGCAGCGACGACGCCGACGCCGGCGGCGGCGAUCACACUGGCAGCUGCGCUUUCACGUCGCUCUAGAGACCGAUGCAUAGCUUUGUGCAUCUGAACGAACCUGCUAGCACCUAGCAGCGCAGUGCUUUAGAGACGAUCGAUCGAUGCACCAAUAUAUCCAUGCAUGCAAGUUUGUAGAAAGUAAAUCAAUCAAAUGGAUCAGCACGGUACGCGUGCCUGCUUAAAGCCUGACAUCUGCCAUGCAUGAAGGCACAGAAAGCGAGGCCAGGCCACCAUGCUGGCUUGCUGCUGUAGCUGUAGCCUGUAGGCAGUACACACAUUGGUAAUCACCUGGUUAAUUGUACAAAGAAGGCAGCUCGUUGUUCAUCGUGCGUGCAGCUGCUAAUGAUUGCGAAACUGCACCAUAGCAGUUUCUGCGAGCCUGCAGGCAAACGAACCUGAGCUUGCAGACAAACUAAGCAGUGUUUGGUUGAAAAGACAGGUAGAACGGAGUCGUUCUGUCUUA